GCAACCGGGUAAAAGUGAAACCGCCACGACCAUCGCGCCAGUUACGCGAUCCACCGCUGGCGCCUUGGUCCUCCUUUGAGGGUCGCACUACAUGUCCGCGAACAACAUGAGGGCGGCGUCCCCAGCAAAGCCGUCUCCGUUGGGUUCGCCGGCCGGGUUUGCAUCAGUCGUCCGCCGCACGGCGCACCUGAACGACUCCAUGUUCAAACUGCCUGAAUUGAUGAAAUUGCACCAUGUAUUUCAACAACGUGGCGCGCUCAACGAAAAGCAAUUCGUGGGCCACUUCCACGCGAUUCUGGAAACCAACGCGUGGAGCCCGACGCAUAUCUCGCAGCUGUUUAUGAAGAUCGACGCCAAUUCCGACGGGUCGGUGGACUGGGACGAGUUUACCAACUUUAUGUUUGUACAUUCGCAGUCCGCCCACGACGCCGCCACCCAACUCGCGAGCGUCGCGUUUGUUGUCCCCCAGGACGAAAAUCUCAACGACACGCGUCAAGGCAGUUCGUCGUCGUCACAGCCUCGUGUCCGAGAUGUGCUGGUGGCUUUCCAGCCGCUGCCCCCUGGCGCUGCCUGUGGCCACUUUGUCAGUUCAUCCCUAGACGGCACGAUCAAGACGUGGAACGCAGGGUGGACCCCGCUAGCGUCGUUUCGAGCUCUUGGGAAGACCACGAGCAACUGUGUCACAGCCAUGGCGUAUCUGCAAGCCAGUGGCAAGAUCGCGCUGGCAUCUCUGCACGGGGGCGUGCAGUUCUUUGACCUCGUGUCCGCCGACAAGACGGCGCAGUCGCACGUCCCAUCGGGGGCGCUGCACCACGCGACCCCCCUCGCCCUCUGCGCCAUGGUCGACGACGACACAGGUCAGGACGUGCUGUACAUUGGCGAUGACGUCGGCGGUGUCACCAAGAUUGCGUUUGAUGCGACGUGGCACUUGUGUGACGGCGACUGCCCCAGCCACGUCACUGUGACAAUGCAAGGAUGCGUGGUCGCUCGCCAUGACCGACAUACAGAUCAUGUGACGCGGUUGGCAUUUGUCACCGACUUGAACAGCGUCGUGUCGGCGUCCCGCGACGGGUCCGUCAAGGUCGUGGACGUGCACCGAGGGGUAUUGAAACGGCACUUUGCCUUUCACCGAGGCGCCGUGUAUGACUUUGUCUGGUGCGGUCGUCCGAAAUUCUUUGCCAGUUGUGGCGUCGAGCGGGAAAUUUUGCUGUGGAGUCCGUUUUCCGAGAGUUUACUUGGGCGACUAAGGGGCCACAGCUGUUCGAUCAAGGGGGUUGUGUGGAACGAAGAAGGGCAGAACUUGAUCAGUCUCGGACUCGACGAUGGCAGCAUUCGCGUAUGGGAUGUCCGACAGCUCAAGUGCCUCCAGACCAUCCACGAUGCCACGCAUGACAACCGGCACACAAAGUUGAUUUACUUUGACCAGGCGUCGAAGCACUUGGUUACGUGCUCGAGCACGGUGAACCAGUGGCCUAUCCAUCACGCCGCCGGGCCGUCCGAGACGCUGCAGCCCCAUGAAGCCCCGAUCAUUAAAGUGCUGUUCAACCCGUCGUUCCUACAGCUGGUUACGAUGGAUGCCCACGGGCACAUUGUGCUGUGGAACGUCUUAGAUGGGAGUGUGAUCUCGCACUUUUACAUGGCCAACACGACCAUCACCGCCGCGGCCCUGGACGACACUGGACGACGACUCAUCACUGGCAGCAACGUUGGAACGCAAGUAACGAUUUGGAACUUUAGCAACGGCAGCCGCCUCACCACAUUAUACAAGCGGCGCCACCAAUAUGCAUUAACCUCCUCGACACCACUUGACCGCGUGGCGAGAGCUGCCGCCGCCCCCACCAUGCACACCCAGCCGCCCCCAUCUAGGAAAUCCGCCCCCCAAGCCAAUGAAGUCACGGGGGUCGCGCUCAUCACAGUGUCCGUGGCCCACUCGAGCGGGCGCGGGUUCACUCAAGCCAAGUACAUCCUCAGCGUGGGCUGGGACCGACGCGUGUAUGUGUGGCGGGACAGCCUUGACCAAGCGUAUGUGAAUCGCAUGCCCGAGGACUUAUCGGUGGGGCACACGGAUGACAUCCUCACCGUAUCGUUUUGUGCGCAAAAGUUCAUUGCCACCGGUGGCAUGGAUGGCUGUGUCAUCCUGUGGGGCUUGAAUUCGGGCGACGUUGUGGCCAAGUUUCCGUUUUCAUCUAGCAUUGAAACGUUGUUGUACCCCCGCAAGCUGGGCCUUUUGAUCGUCGUGACCAGCAGCUCAUCUGUGUCGUGGCUCAACCCCCGGUUCAGUUUGCACCAUGCGACGGUGGACCUGGCGGCGACGUUGCACGCCGACAUCCGCGUCGCCAAAGUCGACACGGAUGGCAUGCUCGUCAUCUUGGCGCUGGCGUCGGGGGAGGUGGUGGUGAUGCAAGCCAGCGACCCGCAGCAAGAACCUGCGAUGACGUUGCGGCAGUUGCAUCGGUGGAAAGCGUACGAACCCGACCAAGACAUCAAGGCCAUGGAGUACAUUGAAACGUCGGAUGUGGUUGAUACGUUCGUCGUCACGUCGAGCCAGGUCUCGAUCAAGCUGUGGACGCUAGGGGGGGUACUCGUGGGGCUGUUUGGGGGCUCCACGUGGCACCUCCACGACGCCCUCUUGAUGUCGUUCAAAGCGCCUUCUCGGGGGGUACAUAAUGGAGUUGUCGUUGAUGCCGUCGCUACGGACAAUGCGAAGGCCAUCGACACCUACAAACGUGAAGUGAGCGGCCUUGCGACGCGCGGACCCCCCGCUGUGGACGAUGUCUGGACGCAUCAUGACAUCCACGGGACGCUCAUUGACGUGCUGACGUUGACCUCGAUCAGCCGCAACAAAGGGGUGCUGGAAGGGCUGGACAAUGCAGGAAAUGUCGUGGAAGUGGCGUUCCACGAUCUGUACGACAUUCAAGAAGAUUAUGCGACGUGGUCCCGACACGAGUUUCUCACGACGUUGGUCGGCCGCGUGUGGCAAGAGCACAGCUGGGCCAUUCCGUUCAAGGCCAUUCGAGCCCAUUUUAACAAGAGUGGGGUGUGGCAGUUGGUCGACACGGCCAACAACAUGCACUCUCUUCCAUCCGAAGACGCAUGCAAACAGAUGAACUAUCGUCCGUUUCGGUCGCUCGCGCUGCAUCGCUUGGUCGGCCAAGCUCAACCCCCCUUCGCCCACGCCGUCCAGCCCACGGGGUACCUCACGUUCGUGGAAGGACACAACAAGGCCACCCCUGUUACAAAGGCUACGACUGACCCCCUCCAACACACACCGCCCUUGUUUUCGCCUUCAAAGUUCAAAGACAGCCCUAACCACACCCGCGCCACGCGACCCCUGGUGGUGCCAGAUGUGAGAACCAGCCCCACCAAGUUGUCGUCCGAAUGUCGCGCCCUUCGCUUGCCCCAAGUGGCGUCGUCCUUGUCGCCGACCAAGGAAUCGACUAAUGGUAGUCCUUCCCCAAGUUGCUGGUCCCCCCAACGACAGGCGGCGUCGCCCAGGCAACCCCCCCAACACCGACGGGACGAGCGCAAAAUACACGCGUUGCAAGCGGCUCGGGGACCCCCCGAUGUGCCACUGAGCAAAAAAUGGGAUUUUUACCUCCCCGAAGUAGACAAGUAUUAGCCCCAUGCUAUUCCCAUAAUAACAAGGACUGCAAAUAGGAUUUGACCGAUCCAGUCAACAACACAAAAUAUAGUCCAUCCG